AACUACUACCUUCAAAAUACAGAUCAAAAUGAUAUAGAGCCUUUUUACUUAUUGCGAUAUUUCAGAGUUUUAAAUAUAUGAGUUUUUAAACAGAUUUUAAACGAUAAACUUAGAAAUUAGAUCUUUUCACCGACAAAGUAUUAUACUUAAAUGAUGAAAUAUUUCAACUAGAAAUAAAAAUCCUUAUUACAUUGAAAUACGACUUACCCAAUAUAAAUAUGGAUGAAGACAAUGAGGAAGAAAAUACUUCUUCACAGUUAGUUUCAUACAGGAGUCCUGCAUACUCAAAAGAUGAAGUUCAGGCAUUGGUGAAGCAAGUGGAGGUUUAUAAACAUAUUAUACUAAAUAAAUGCACUAAUACCACAACAAAUCAUGCAAAAGAGGUAGCUUGGCUCAAAAUAUCGAAAGAUUUUAAUAAACAAGGUUUCAGAAAUCUGAGAAGCGUUGACAGUUUGAAAAUUAAGUGGGAUAAUCUUAAAAAGGAAGCUAGAAAACUGUCGAAGAACAUACUUGAUGUUAGGCACAUCGAAUUUGAUGAUGUACUUAGCCGUAUAGUGACAAUGAUGAGUGAAACAGAAGAAAAUCCUUAUAACACAACCGAUGGGAUACUUCAACAUAUAAAUGAUGCAAAUGAAGAUAAUCAACAAAAGUUCUGGGAAGAAAACUAUGAUAACUCUGAAGGUGAUGAUUCAAACGAUGGAGAUGAAAGUGAAAGGUUAAGCAGAUCAUUUAAUUUUUCACCACAGGAAUGCAGUCUGUUACUGAAGUGUGUGAGAGAUGAAAAAAAGCACAUAUUCUCUAAAGUUGGCACAGGGAAAGCUAUUAAAUUGAAAAACAAUGCCUGGUCCAGGAUAACAUAUACAUUCAACAAACAAAGUCCGCAAAAACGUACUACAAAAGUUUUAAGAACAAAGUUCAAUAAUAUGAAGAGAAUGGCUAAAUGUGUUGGUUUCAAGGGUUUUAAAGAUCAGAGCGCUCACAAGAAAAUAAGCGACCACGAGGUUAUUAAGACUGAACCCGAAUUUCAAUAUAAAGACGAUCCUGUUGACGAAGAGAGCAAUGACAUGGAAAAUGCAACUGAAAAGGUCACUCAAGAUCUAACGGAUCCACUCAGUUUAGUACUAAACGGUGAUUCAGGGAUAGAUUCAAUAAGUCAUUUUGGUUCCUGCAGCACAGAUAAUAAAGAGAUUGUGAAAUUAAAGUUAGACCUAAUAAAUUAUCAGCUGGAGAAUGCGAAGUUGGAGAGACAAAGAAUAGAACAAGCGGUUGCAGCAGAGGCUUCAGAGCGGCAAUCAAAGAAGAUAGAAAGCUCGCUUCGACUCCGAGCAGCCAGGCUGGCUGCUGUAGCCGAGGAGCUCAGACUACCCUCAAACCAUCCAGCGCUUCAAUACACAGCAGAGGAAUUACAUGCCCAAGAAUACAUGCAACAAUUUCAAUAAAUAUAACAAAUAAAUUUUUAAUUAUUAU